GAACAAAAACUACUAACCCAUCAUAAACGAAACAGAUGUGGAAACUUGACCUUUGUAAAUGAGAGAAAGUCGGAGUUCUGCCAAACUAUGACGUUCAUGGAGUAUCUGUUACGGAAAUGUUUUCACAACAUGAAACCCCAAGCAGGGGAAUGCCUGCAUUAUAAGAAACUCGCACAUUCGGAGUAAAACCAUCAACGCACACAACACACUGUCGAGUGAACAUCUAAGUAAAGGUACGGAGAAGAGAGAAUAUAGAAGGUGCAAGACUUCCAGCAGAAAUAUCUUCAAUCCUAUUUGACUACAAACGAGUAUGACGAAAGACAUCGUGAUUGUUGGUGAUGGAAUGAGCGGGAAAACGUCGGCUAUAAAAGUCUACCUUGGUAAACAAUUUCCAAGCAAAUACAUGCCUACUAUCUGCGAAAGUCAUACGAAGAAAGUUCGACUUAAUGGGAGACCUAUAUCUUUGCAACUUUGGGACACCGCUGUACAAGAGGAUAUCGAAGUAUUUCGACCAAUGUUGUAUCGAAAAGCAUCGGUGUUUAUUGUUAUGUACUCAAUUGACCGACCAGAAUCCCUGGAAAACGUUUACGAGAAAUGGACACCAGAAUUAAGAAAUUAUUGCCCUAACGUCCCAAUUAUAUUGGUUGGAAACAAAAUGGAUCGUCGACAGCUGUCGUCAGCUCAUGGCCAGCGGUGGUCAAAAAACGACGAAGUGCCAGUGAGUUCGUCAACAGGACGCGAGAUUGCAAGGAAAAUAAAUGCAUUCGCGUACAAAGAAUGUUCAGCUUUAUCUGGGGAAGGCGUCAAAGAGAUAUUUCAAGUAGCCUUGCAAGCAACGCAAGAAAGGAAAGGACAGGAUCCUUGGAAGCGAUUGAAGGACGCCAUGAUUCCUAAAGCAUGCAACAAAGCAAAUAAAAGUCUCGCGUGCGAAAAAAAGAAGAUUACUACAGAAACACACAGUCGAAACUGAAUUCGAAUCAAAGGGCUUUUCUCCGAGAUGGAUGAAAGAAAAGGAGAGAGACCAAAGGCCAAAGGUCUCAAGAAGAAAUCACGCAAUCACGUUAGUGAAAAGACGUGAUGGAAUGUUGAAGACAUUCCUUUGAUUGGAAACAAAGUCGGAAACAACGAUAAUUGAAAACACUCAACAAAUUGUGUGCAUACCAUGGUACAGACAGAACAGUAUUAACAAAACUGUGAAAUGUUUUACAGUAAACUAAAGUAGCAAGAAGAAAUUACUCAUUAAUAAACUUUGUAAACUAAAAACAGAAACUAGUUGAAUGUUGAGCUAUUGCCAACAAUACUGAUUUAUUUAUAAAAUCAGAUGUACAUAAAAAGUAGAAAACGUGUAAACCACAGGAAAUUAUAACAAAUGAUUCAUUUUUCGCAUA